UUUGGUGUGAUUUGAUUUGGAAGGCAAAUUGAGUAUUACAUUUAUUUUAAUUGUAUUAUCUGUAUUAAGUAAUUGGUUAUAUAUAUUAGCAGCUAUUUUGCCACGUAUUUCUCUUGAUUGCCUCUCUUCCUCCCUUUCGCUGCGCCUCGUGCCCUCGCCACGUGCUCAGCCCACCUCUCGCUAUGCUCCCCACGCACUACCGGAUCGCUUCGCCCUCCCCUCCAAUUCCGCCGCCGCCGCCGCCGCGGGGGCUCCGGAAUAUGCCGUCUCUCCGGCCGAAGCCCGCGUUGUUUAACCCCUUCUUCCGCCUCACGACGUCCGGCCGGCUGCGGCGCACGGGGGCCGGCGGAGCGAUGCGCGCGAUGGACGCCGCCCAGGUGUUCGACCACGAGUCGGGGGCGUCGGAGGAGCUGGACCAACGGGCGCGCCUCAAGAUCGCGAUCGUCGGCUUCGGCAAUUUCGGGCAGUUCCUGGCGCGGACGUUCGCGGCGCAGGGCCACGCCAUCAUCGGCCACUCCCGCUCCGACCACUCCGCCGCCGCCCGAUCCCUCGGCGCCGCCUUCUUCCGCGACCCCCACGACCUGUGCGAGCAGCACCCGGACGUGGUGGUGCUCUGCACCUCCAUCCUCUCCACGGAGGCCGUGCUGCAAUCCCUCCCCCUGCAGCGCCUCCGCCGCAGCACCCUCUUCGUCGACGUCCUUUCCGUCAAGGAGUUCCCCAAGAACCUCCUUCUCCAACUCCUCCCCCCGGACUUCGACAUCCUCUGCACACACCCCAUGUUCGGCCCCGAGAGCGGCAAGCACGGCUGGACCGGCCUGCCUUUCGUCUACGACAAGGUCCGCAUCGGCGACUCGGAGGACCGCGCGAACCGAUGUCGGUGCUUCCUCGACAUCUUCGCCCGCGAGGGCUGCCGCAUGGUCGAGAUGUCUUGCACGGAGCACGACGAGAACGCCGCGGAGAUCCAAUUCCUGACCCACACCGUCGGCCGCCUCCUCGCCAAGCUCGACCUCAAGCCAACUCCCAUCAACACCAAGGGCUUCGAGACCCUGCUCGAACUAGUCGAAAACACCUGCAGCGACAGCUUCGACCUCUACAACGGCCUCUUCAUGUACAACAACAACUCCACGGAGCUCCUCGAGCGCCUCGAGCUCGCAUUCAACUCCCUCAGGAAGGAGCUCUUCGGUCGCCUGCAUGUCAACCUGCGCAAGCAGCUCUUCCAGAGUCCCAACGGCGGCGGUUCACCUGGCGCCGAGGAAAACUGAAGACCUUCUUCCUUCGUGCCUUUGCUUCUCGUCAAGUAUGUGCACAUUAUUACUUUGCGAUAACAACACAGGUUUGGUCUCAUCCA